AUGUGCUUCUAUCGCGGAACCGUUUACAAGUGCAACCACAGCGAGAUCGGUAAGAAGGUUUCUGACUGCAAAGAUCAGCAGGACUUCCUCGCUGGCACUACGAAAGACAAGAAUGCGUGCGCCGAGCGCCAGAUUCAUUCGAUGAACCGUGUCCGCGUUGAUGCCAACUGCAGAAAGUGCCAGCGUCUCGAUGCACUCAAGACCCGCACAAGAAAGACGUUUUUGAGUCUUCGGGAGAACUUGGAGAAACGCAAGGCUGCUGCCGGCAAGAAUGACAUGGAGGCACCUAAGGCUGAAGAUGCUGAUAAGGCUGACGAUUAA